AUGAAACGCAAUCGGGAAGAAGGUUCUGAAAUUAAUCAUCAGGUUGUUAUUGAUGAUGAUGAUGAAGAGGAAUCAUUACAGAAAACCAUGAUUCAUCAAGAUGAAAAUCUUCAGAGCAGUAAAGUUCAAAAAACGACCAUUAUGAUGAUGGAUUCGCUAUUACUAGCGGAUGAUAUGAUUUUCCACAUUUUGGAAUAUUUAAAUGUUCAUUUGAUUUUUAAAACGUGUGUGAGAAUUUCUAAACAAUGGUUACAUGUUGCUCAGAGAAUGCCUACCGUGUUGGAUUUUUCUAACUCUGUUAUUGAUCUGGAAACAUUGGAAUCUGUGAUGAAGUGUUCCUAUCUCAACAACGUCACUUGCCUUGAUUUAUUAGGAAACGAAAUUGGAAAUUCAGGAAUUAAAAUUCUGGUGAGAGGCGAAUCAGUCUUAACAAACUUGACAGAAUUGAAUCUAAAAAGAAAUAAUAUCGGUGAGAAGGGAGUCUUAUCUUGCUAA